AUGGUCACCGACAAGGAAUUCUGGCAUGGCCGCAAGAAGCAAUUCGGCGUCACCGUCGGCUCAUCUUUCAUGCUGAUCCAGCUACUCUUCCUCACUGUCAUCUCCUACCUCUUCGGCUCCAUGUACCGCCAAAGCACCCGUAUCCACAGCCUCAAGGUUCUCGGCGUCGACUACGACGGUGGGAUUAUCGGUCAAAGUGUUCAGCGCGCCUACGAGAGCCUCGCCGCACCUUCUUUCCCCAGUAUCGAGUUCAAGGACGCAACCGACGGCUACACCGACGUGUCGGAUGUUGUUGAGGCUGUGCGGCGCGGCGACUACUGGGGCGCCGUAUACACGCAUGCAGGAGCAUCUAACCGCCUGGCUGACGCUCUCACCGGCGGCGAGGCCGCUUGGACCUACAACUCAUCUGCAGCCGUCACCUACGUCUGGAAUGAGAUCCGCUACCCGUCGGUUGCAUCGGGCUCUAUCAAAGGCAACAUGGAAACCCUCAUCGCCGUCUCCCGCGUCAUGUACACUCACAUCAACGGCACCGCUGCUCUCUCAACCCUUGACCAGACGGACCAGGACGCCAUAUCCGCCUACCUCAACCCAAUCCAGGCUUCUUCCAUCAACAUCAAGCCAUCUCCGCAAGCCGCCAAGAUGGUCUACAACACGAUCCCGUUGGUCAUGGCCAUCGUCAUGCAAUUCUUCUUCCUCAUGGCCGUCAACGGCGUCGCCUCGUCGCUCCAGCUCUACUCGCACAUCCCCUUCUUCCAAAACCUGGUCGUGCGCGGCGUCCUCUCGCUCGCCUACACGUUCGUCGGCUCGCUCUGCCAGUCGGGCUACUUCUGGGCCUUCAAGGAGUCCUGGGAGCAGCCGGCGUCCGUCUUCGUCCUCGUCUGGCUCUGCAUGUGGCUCUACCAGUACGUGCAGUUCCUCAUCUUCGACGUGGCCACGACCUUCAUCCCCAUGAGCUUCGUGCCCUUCUUCAUGCUGUCCUGGAUCAUCGCCAACAUGGCGAGCACCAUCGCCCCCUUCGAGCUCAGCCCGGGCUUCUACCGCUGGGGCUACGCCCUGCCCGCCCACGAGACGUGGCAGGUGCUCAUCACCAUCUGGUCCAACGGCGCCGUCAACAGGCUCUACCGCGCCCUGCCCAUCAUGUUCGCCUGGAUCGUCGUCAUGUUGCCGUGCGCCUUCUUCGCCCUGAAGUGGCGGUGCAGGAAGGCCGCCGAGGCUGCGGCCGCCGAGGCCGAGAGGAAGGAGAAGGAGAAGGACGAGAUCAAGAAGGAAGUGGGCGGCUCGCUGGCGGAGAAGAUGAGGGGUAAUGGCGCAGCUGGUCGCCCUGCGGUCGACGGUGCUGGUGCCGAGAGGAAUGCCUGGACGGAGUCUGAGUACUUCCCGAGCGUGCCGACGCCAUUUGAGAACACGCUGAGGAGGGUGUUUUCUGCUUAA